AUGAUUUUUGUAGACUCUUGGAACAGCCUUUACUCACUCAAUUUACACAAUAAGCCUGAAUUAUUUACUUUAAAGCACAUUCUUUCAUUUGGAAUAAAUGGGGAGAUUCAUAAAUAUCGUUUUUUGAACGUUAAAAAGCUAUCUACACUUGAUUUAUUUUCAUACAAACAUUCCCUUAGAAUUAUGAAAAAAUCUAUGAAGAUUAGACGUUUGACACGCCAAUCGAGAAAUUCUUACCAUAAAUAUCUUCUAUUUUAUCAGAAUAAAGAGUUAUCUUUCUUGGGUUUUAAAUGGAUUUUAGAGGAUGUAGAUAUUCCUGAUAUUGAAGAUAAGCAAACUGUUAUUAGUAUGGCAGAAAUUGCAAACAAUGCUUAUAUCGAUAUUCCAAAAACAGGUGAUUGGAUAGAAGUUGGUAAAGGAAUAGAUGUAUUAAAUGAUGAUGUUUGGGAUAAAAAUGUUCUUCAUGGUCAUGUUUUUGCUGAUAAUCAAAAUAAGACAGUAAUUAUUGCAUUGAAAGGAACGAGUCCAGAACUUUUUGGACUCCAUGACAUAAGUACAGGUACAAAGGAUAAGAUUAAUGAUAAUUUGCUUUUUUCAUGUUGUUGUGGCCGAGUAUCUUGGACAUGGACACCUGUUUGUGAUUGUUUUAAUGGCGCUUAUUCUUGUGAUCAGCAAUGUCUUGAAAAAGAGCUUUUGGAUGAGUCUCAUUAUUAUAAUAUUGCUUUGAACAUUUAUUAUAAUGUCUCUAACGUUUAUCCUGAUUCAAAUAUAUGGAUGGUUGGACAUUCGUUAGGUGGUGCAUUGUCCUCUUUAGUCGGUUUAACGUUUGGUCUUCCAACGGUCACCUUUGAAGCACCUGGAGAAAAAUUGGCUGCAAAGCGUUUGCAUUUGCCUCUUCCUCCUGGACUUCCUGAUAAUGAGUCUCAUGUUUGGCAUUUUGGACAUACAGCAGAUCCUAUUUUUAUGGGUACAUGUAAUGGACCAACAUCGACAUGCUGGUAUGGCGGAUAUGCAAUGGAGACACGUUGUCGUAGUGGUCUUUCGUGUAUCUAUGAUGUCGUCAACGAUAAAGGUUGGAGGGUGGCGAUUGGUACACAUCGAAUUAGACAGGUGAUUGAUAUAAUUAAAGAUUAUAAAGAUGUUGCCAAAUGUUUUUCACAGAAAGAUUGUAUGGAUUGUCUUGAAUGGAAUUUUUAUGAUAAUAUUACUGAUAACAAAAGUAUUAAAUACUUAAAAUAG